AUGCUAUGGAUUAUUUUAACAUAUUACGCUACAAAGAUAUAUUAUGCAUUUGUUAGUGUGUAUGGACUGACAUUGGACACUGCCGUCACUCCUUCAAGAUCAAACGUCAGAGGCGACGAUGAGGGUGCGUCGGAGAAGCGGAAAUUUGUAGGAAAUGCGGUAAUGCGUGGUGUUGAAGUUUGUGAGUGUCCGGAAAAUUAUGCAGGGAAUAGUUGCGAGGGUUGUGCUCCCGGUUAUCGCCGUGUUAACAGUCAACUUUAUGGUGGCCGAUGCGAAAAAUGCAAUUGCGAAGGUCAUUCAGAUGAGUGUGAUCCUUUCACUGGUCACUGUUUGAAUUGCAAGCAUAAUACUUCUGGAGAACAAUGUGAACUGUGUUUGCCAGGACACUACGGUAAUCCAUCAUUGGGUGGUGAACUUGGGCAGUGUAGACCUUGCGCGUGUCCAACUAUAGAGAACAAUCAUUCUAGUCAAUGUACUUUAACGGAGCUUAUUGUUGAGGAAGCCGCUGCAGUGGGGGAAGGUGAUUAUGUAUGCACAGCAUGUGAAACUGGUUAUGACGGCAACAAGUGCGAAGUAUGUGCUGAUGGUUUUUACGGAGACCCAUUAGCAGUUAAAGGGAAAUGCAAACCGUGUGACUGUAACGGAAACAUUGACUUGAUGGCAAUCGGGAACUGUGAUUCAGUCACUGGAAAAUGCUACAAAUGCAUACACAAUACAGCUGGAGAUCACUGUGAAAAGUGUAAGCCAAACCAUUGGGGCAGCGCAGCUGAAAAAAGUUGUACUCCAUGUUUGUGCCAUCUGAAGGGUGCUCUGUCACAAAAAUGCGACGUUGAAACUGGACGAUGUGAAUGUCACGAAAAUUACGAAGGCCAGCAAUGCGAUAAGUGCAAGGAUGGUCAUGGAGACAUCGAAAAUAUGUGCCCGCCAUGUGAUUGCAGUUCAGUUGGAGCACUUGGAAGUGAAUGUGAUCAAGUUUCUGGACAGUGUGUGUGUAAAACGGGGGUAUUUGGAAGGCAGUGCGACAAAUGCCGAAGUGGUUAUUUCAAUUUUACUGAAAAUGGUUGCCAAUACUGUCACUGUAAUCCUUAUGGAGCUCUUGAGGAGGGCCACUGUGACAGUGUUACUGGUAAAUGUGAAUGUUUACCAAAUGUAGAUGGAAAUAUGUGUGAGAAGUGCGCUGAUGGUUAUUUUAAUAUUACUAGCGGUGUUGGUUGUCAGGAAUGUAAAUGUGAUGAAAAGGGAUCUGAAGAUAGCCAAUGCGAUAUUCGAACUGGACAGUGUGUCUGCAAACGUGGAGUUACUGGUUUAAAGUGCGAUGUCUGCGCGCCUAACCACUACGGUUUGGAUGAAAGCGGUUGCAAAGAAUGUAAGGUGUGCCCAGCACCAGGGCAAGUUUGCGACCCCGUAACUGGCGAUUGCGUUUGUCCUCCAAACACGGUCGGUGAUGUUUGCGAGAAUUGUACUAAAAACGCUUGGAAUUAUCAUCCAUUGAAAGGAUGUGUUCUUUGCGACUGUUCUGAAGUUGGAGCUGAGGGACCUGAGUGUAAUCCAAUUAACGGACAGUGUCGCUGUCGUAGAGAAUUUGUUGGCUUAAAGUGUGACCGCUGUACUCACGGACAUUUCAACUUCCCCAAAUGUGAACCAUGCAACUGUGAUGUGAAGGGAACAGUUGAAAAAGCUUGCGGAGUAGAAGGGGCUUGUCUUUGUGAUGAAGAAGGCCAGUGCCCCUGCAAGAAGAACGUUAGAGGACUUAAAUGUGAUCAGUGUGACGCAUCCAGUUUUAGCCUUGAUAGGUCAAAUCCACUCGGCUGCACUGAAUGUUUCUGUUUCACCCGCACGAACUUUUGCGUUCAAAACAGUCUUGUAUGGCAGCAAGUUUAUGCACAAGAUCGGGAGAUUACCUUUAUGGAACCGUGGAUUUACUACACCAGAAGACAUAAUAUCAACAUUUUGAAAGAUUUUCCUCUUUCUUACAGCAGUUACCCUAGUGGUGAUGAACCUCUUUACUGGUCUCUUCCUCGCUCAUUCCUUGGUGACAGAAUUACGUCCUACAACGGUUUCAUUCGCUUUCGAAUAUCUAAUGAUGACAACAAACGUGGGAUUAGCGAUGCACCUCCUGACCCUCGAUUCUUUAAAUACUAUCCCCAAGUAGUGCUGGUGGCAAACCAUCGUAUCAUUUUGGAGCACAUUCCUGAGGCAUUCAGUGAAAACGGGCGAUAUAAAAUUAGACUUCAUGAAAGUCAGUGGCGAUCACGUUUGAGUCCCGAUUUACGUGUUACUAGAAAACAAAUGAUGAUUGCUUUGCAAAAUCUCCAAGGGAUUUUUGUCCGCGCUACCUAUUUUCACCCUUCUAGGGGUGAUUCGGCAUCAAUUAAAGAUGUUAGUCUGGAUGUAGCUAUCUUUGAAAACACAACGGAAUCUACAGAAUCAGUUGCUAUUGGAGUAGAAAUGUGCGAUUGUCCACGUGAAUAUUCUGGCAGUUCUUGCCAAGAUCCAGCGGAAGGAUAUUGCAGAAGAAGGGCUCCUGAUUAUUUGAACAGUGAGGAUGACCUUGCUCUUGUUGGUGUGCCUGAGCCAUGCGCUUGCAAUGGCCAUUCAACUACCUGCGAUCCAGAAACUUGCCAGUGCACGAAUUGUGAACAUAAUACUGUUGGGGAUUUCUGCCAACUGUGCAAACCUGGCUAUCAUGGAGAUGCUAAGUCCGGUGGACCGGAAGGAUGUAUAAAAUGUGCUUGCCCAUUGCCUGAUAAUAGCUUUAGUGAUACAUGUGUACCAGUCGAUCAUGGCAGAGGCUAUAUUUGUGACGGGUGUAAGCCAGGUUAUACAGGGAUGUACUGUGAAACCUGCAUAGAUGGGUAUUUUGGCAAUCCGAACGUUCCCGGAGGUUUUUGUGACGAGUGUGCUUGUCAUCCUGAUGGGUCGAAAGAGGGAGUUUGCGAUUCGGUCACUGGGCAGUGCAAAUGCCACCCAGGUGUAACUGGUCGUGACUGCUCGAUUUGUCAGGAGAGGCAUGCAUUUAUUGACAGGGUAUGCACAUCGUGCGACCGAGGUUGUACUAAAGAAUUGAUGUUGAUGGUAGAUGAUUUAGAACAGAUCAUGGAAGCCCAGAAUUUCUCAGGGUUGCGUCCGGUUCCGUGGAAGAGGAUGAAUCGCAUUAAACAAACUACUCGAGGUCUUAACGAUAUUCUGGAUUCUUUGGGUUUGGGGGAAGGCGAACAUGAGAUUGUAAAAGAUGGUCGUGAAAGCCGUUUUACGGAAGUUAAAAUGGCAGUUGAUCAUGCAAAGCAGCUGAUGGAAAAAGCAAUUAAUUCAUACAGCUCUGUUAUGUUAAUGUUGGAUAAGACCAUGGAAACCGAAGAUGCUGUCCAGAGAUUAAAUUCUCAAACUUUUAACAACGUACAGCAACUGAAGCAUUACACUAAAUACGGUGGCACAAAGCACGAUAAUUCAGCAGUCGACAACUGGAUUACUGAGGCACGUGCAUAUUUAAAUGCUGUGAAAGAACGUGGAAACCAAAUUGAAAAGCAGUAUCUUCGUGGCUCUUCUGAUUACGUCGCAGCUCAGAAAUUAUUGGAAAAGAUAACGGAGAAGAAGAUCAAUUACACUUUAUUUGAAGAUCUGAAAGAAAGAUUACUUCGUUUGCAAUCUGCAAUUAAAGAUUACCGGACAACAAUAUGGGAUAAAGCAGGGCAAGAUACAACAGCUGCAGCCAAAAUUAACUCUGUAUUAUCCAAGCGGAUCGCACAGUUCACUGAUUUUAUGACGAGCAUCAACGAAGAUAUUGCAAAAACAGAGGAUGAGUUGAAUGCGGCAAGAAAUCUGGUAGCUUUAAUCAAGAAUGAGCACUUGUUGAGCAUGUUUGAUAAUUAUCAGUAUAUGAAUGAAACAAUGCUUCCGAAAGUUCGAGAGGGUUUACUGAAGUCUCGUAAUGAAGCUGACAAGUACGCUCAACUGCUUGAUGAGUAUAAAGGCACCUAUGUUGAUCCCAGUGAGCUGCAUGCGAAGAAGCUUGAGAACGAAGCAGCAGAUUUAAAAAAUUCCUUCGUCGACACUAAGCUGGCAGCAGAGGACCCUAUCCGAGCUUCAAAUUCAUAUAAAGAAAUUCUUGAAGCUUUAAAAAAUGCCACUGCUGCAGCUAGAAGCGCAAAAACAGCUGCAGAAGGUGCUUAUCAGGAGGCUGAUAUCAAUUCGGAAAAUUCUAUGGUCAAUUUAGCCGGUAGAUCUAGAGAGCACAGUGAGGAACUGAAACGCAAGGUUGAGACUAUGGGAUUAGAGGAGAUGGGAAACUCAGUAAAAGAUGAUAAAAAAAGGCUUGAUGAUGUCAAAGGAAGAGCUAAAAAAAUGAAAAAUGAAAAGAAAAAGAAAGAAGAUGAAUUCCGUGAUCAUGACCAGCAGCACGAGACGUUGUCGAGUGUUUUGCAGCAUGCAAAAGACGCUGAAACAAAAGCAGCUGAGUUAAGCAAAAAGGCGCGGAAUAUCGGUUUGUUACUGGACGAAUUGGCCCCCCAGGUUGGCAAAGUACAUGGUUCAACCAGUGAGAGCAUUGGCACUGCUACAUCGGAUGUUCGAAAAGCCACAACAGAGAUUGGAGCAGCUAAAGGGACAGUGUUGAAGGUUCAAGGUUUGCUCGACAAAGAAGGCAAACGAAAUGACGAUUUAAAAAUCCAACUUGCAAUUUUGAAAGAAAAAAUUAAGGAAGCACGAGAAAAAGCUGCAAAAGUUCGAAUUUCAAUAAAAUCUGACGAAGAUGCUCUUUGUCAGAGGUCUUUCUUAUCCAAUAUUCAGCCUGCUCCCAGUAACACAAUUUCUAUUAAAUAUCGCCCUGCAGAAAGCGUUCCCGAUUCACUAAUCUUCCUUACUCGCACAAAGCCUAAAAGGACUCAACCUUCCGAGUACAUCGCCAUUGAAGUCAAAGAUCGCCGCAUUGUUGCUCACUGGGACGUUGGUGGCGGUGAGAAGACAGUGACAAAUACGCACCCUAUUUAUGAUAUAAUUGCUAAAGACCGAUAUUUGUGGUAUCAAAUCGAUCUGGAAAGGACCGGUGACUUGGUAUCACUCACGGUGAUGGCCAAAUGCACUAAAGUUACAGAGUGCACCUCCACCACUCCAGUUUCAGUGUCGUACGGAGCGAACGAAGAUGGAAACAAUGCUAUACUAAACUCAGUUGUGGGUGAGACUCAAAUUAGAAUUGGCUGUGACAAAGCAGUGGCAGAAGAACUUGGCCUUUCAACGCACAAAUUUCAUGGAACCAUUGGUGAAAUAACUAUUGACAAUGAACUUCUUCCUCUAUGGUCAUUCAAGGAAACAACGGAGUACUGCAAAGGAGCAUUCGCUGUACCUGCUGAUAGUUCUGGAGGAUAUAUGUUCAGCCCAUUAAAUUUAGACCUCCUUAACCUUAUAGUAAAGUAUGAUCUGCUUACAUCCGAAACCAACAAGCUUGGUUCUCGUUUGGAUAUUCAAUUUUCUGCGUAUUCGCCAGAUGGUCUCAUUUAUUUCCGCGGUGAUCCACUGCAAGGCGAUUUUGUUGCACUGGAACUAAGAGACGGACGAGUCAUUUUCAAGAUAAAUCUUGGUGACGAGUCAUACGCCAGUGUUCAGUCAGAAAAGGCAACAUAUAAUGAUGGUCGCACCCACAAUAUCGUUGCUAUCCGACACAAGAUGGAAAUUGGAUUAAUAGUGGAUGGUACUGAUAAAAACGAAAGGAACAUACCCGGCAGUAGCACCGUACUGGAUGUUGACACCAAAGAACACUUUGUUGGAGGAGUCCCAUCCAAUUUUUCAGUCGAAUCGUUUAGCAGAUUCGAUAUCCACUGGAACGGGUUCUUCGGUUGCAUACAGUCAGUGAAACCGUCUCAGCUUAAAGAGCUAGACUUGGAAGGGUCUGUUAGAUCUUAUAAGAAAUCUGCUGGUUGCGCCUAUUCUGACGAUCGUCUGAAGCCAACAGAUAAAGUGAUUGGAUUUCCUGAGCCAGGUUAUUUAGUAACGCAGGGUAUUAGGCUGGGUCAAAACUCAACAUUUGCCUUUAAUAUGCGAAGCAAGCAGGAAACUGCAGUUCUUGUCUUCCAGUCCAGUUCACUGCCAACUUACAAAAAGCGAGAAAAAAGAACGGGUGAAGAUAAUCGAGGAGAAGGUUAUAUUUCUUUCUAUUUACAAUACGGCUAUAUAGUCGCUAACAUUGGUACUGAUGCAACUCAUCGAAGUAAAGCCGUUAUAUUAAAAUCAGAAGUUCGGUGCAAUGAUGGUAACCUGCACUCAGUAUUUUUGGCCCGAAGUGGAACGAACGUGCGUCUGCGUGUUGAUGAUCGUGAAGUUGCUGUGGCUAAUUCACAAGUUGAUACGGUUAUUGGGAGUCGCUCUUCUCAGAUGUUCUUCGGAGGUUUUCCAGAAGGUGUUAAAGCAUCUCGGAACGAAAUUCCAACGGACAACAAUUUGAUUGGAUGUAUCUCCGAUAUCUUCUAUGACUAUCAGCGUUUUCCCAUCAUACCGGAAGCUCAUUUUGCAAAUAUCGGGUCAUGCAAUUUCGACGACAUCUCUCCUGGAGUCCCAUCAGAAGAACUGAAAGACACCGCCUUCCUAGCAAGGCAUUCAAAAUUACGCUUAGAAUUGACUGAACCGACGCUCGCAACUUCCGAGCAUUUCCACUACGAUGAAAUAGAUAUUUGGGAACCAAAAGGAACGGUGUCAGCAAAUCCAACUACUAGCUCCAAAAAGUCGGUCCACGAGGACGCUUCGGCAGAAGAUGGCGGACUUGGGAAUGAAAAUAAGGAGUGCCUUGGACCGCUAGCCUUAAGUGAUGGAUUGAAUGCAGCACAUUUCGGUAUAACCGAGAGCGGCUACAGCAGACUGCAGUUUGCGGAACCUUACCCAAAUGUUACUUUGUUUGAAAUAAGUUUCUAUUUCCGUACCAAACAGAAAGAUGGAAUCAUCUGGAUUUGGGCAAAUUAUAAGCAAUUUUCAAGAUACUUUUACCUAUACCUCAUGGACGGCUACCUAAAACUUGAAGUUAAAGGGCGGAAAAAUCUAUCGGCCAUUGCAUAUGAUCCAGUUCCGUUUAAUGAUGGUGACUGGCAUUAUAUUGAGAUGAAGAAGGAGAACCACGAAAUUAUGCUACGGGUGGAUUAUUACCCUAUCAAAUAUAUGAAAAAUGCACCUAAUCCGUGGGUCAGUAAAAAGCGAAUGUAUGUUGGGAAUAUCAUUUCCCGGCAUCGCAAACAAUUCAAUUUCACUCGCCCUCCAUUUUUUGGAUGUGUUAGGGACCUUUUUGUAAACCAACAACCGGUAAAUCUCUUUGAAUCUUCGCGUGAUUUAAUCCAAUGCUCUGUUCCUUCAAAAUCAACAUAUGUGCAUACCGGAGGAUUCAUUGGCUUCGACCCUAUGAAAAGUCACGGAAGCGGUAGUGACAUAAGGGUCAGUGUUCGCUUCCGUCCCAGCAGAGAGGACGGCCUGAUCUUUGGUUUAAUGACCACAAAAGAUCCCGAAUCUAACCGCAUUGCACUAUAUGUGCGAGAAGGGAAGAAGGUGGUAUUUGAAAUUAUAACAGUAGAUCAGGAUCGCCAAAUAAAGUAUACGUUCAGGCACUAUUUAUGUGAUGGGAAGUGGCAUUAUGCGUCAAUCUACAUUUCUGCCUCUAAAGUUUCUAUCGAGAUCGACAACGUAAAGGAACAUCUUACGGAAUUCACGCUCAGUCCAAAUUCACUAAGAAUUUUAAGAAGCCUGCCAGUCAAUUUCGGCGGAGUAUCAGCAACAAUUACCAAGAAGAUUGGGACAGCGUCGAUGGCUGGUUGCUUCAGCGAUUUCAGCAUUGGAAACAAGAUACUGCUUAUUGAUGACGCCCGAAGGACGAGCAAAACUGCAAUUAACGCCUGUCCGUACCAAGAGUAA